AUUUUAAUGCUUAAAUUUUCUUGGUGAAAAAAAAAAAAGAAAAUUAAUUGUAAACACGUGGAAGAAAAAAGAAGCCAUUUUCAAUAAUUAAAAUUAAAAAUUGAAAAUAAAUCAGUAAAAAUGUUGGCAAUUGAUGAUCUUGAUCAAACAGAAACAAAUGGUACUUGGAAAUGGAAAAUAAAACAAUUCAGUCAAUACAAAACACAAUGCCAAGCAAUAUUUUCUCCAACAUUUGGUCCAAAUAAAAGUAAAGAUUUUUUUUUGAUAAUAUUUCCAAAUGGUGAUACUGAAUCAGUAAAAAAUUAUGUUGGUGUAUUUGUAUGUUUUGUUGAUAAAUCAGUGAGUAAAAAAAUAACAAAAAAUCAAUUAAAAUUUAAAUUUUCAUUGCUAACAUCUGAUAUGAAAAUUAAAUAUGAAAGAGAAGAUUAUUAUCCAGCUGGUACAUCAACAACAUCAUGGGGUUAUCCAUGUUUUAUAAAAAGAUCAUUUUUAUUCAACAAAUCAAAUGCUUAUUUGCCAAAUGAUUGCUUGACAAUAUCAUGUCAAAUAAUUCAAUCACUUGAUCCAACAAUAAGACAACACAAAACAAUAAUCAAUAUACCAGAUAAUCAUCAUGAAAAAAUAUUAGAAACAAUGAUUAAAGAUAAAAAUGUUGGUGAUAUUGUUACAAUUAAAAUUGGUGAUGAUAAAUUUAGAAUUUACAAAAGUCUAUUGACAUCAAAUAGUCCAGUAUUCACAGCAAUGUUUGAACACAAAGAGACAAAAGAAAGUAUAGAAAAUAUUGUUGAAUUAAAAGACAUUCAUUCUGUUGUUUGUAAAAUAAUGUUAAAUUUUUUACAUACAAACUAUUUACCAAGUGCAACAAUAAGUUAUUUUAAAAAUUCAUUGUUACAAGUUGCUGAUAAAUAUCAACUUGAUAAAUUAAAAGCUCUAUGUGAAGAAGCAUUUUAUGAAGAGCUCAAAAUUGAUAAUGCAGCUGAGACACUUAUGACAGCUGAUUUGUAUGAUGCUCAACAAUUAAAAAAAGCAACAAUUAAUUUUAUCAUUUGUCAUUUACGUCAAGUUAUCACAACAAAUGGAUAUGCAUUAAUUAAACAAGCUAAUCCUUCAUUGGGCUGUGAAGUACUCGAAACUUUUAUCACAAAAAUAUCAAAUAUUGUUUAUACUUAA